AUGACAUAUUAGAAAAAAUUCAAAAUAGAAAUAGAUGUACAUCAAAUAUUUACACUAUCGGGAUUCAGUAUAUGAUGGAAAAACGUGAUGUAUAUCGACUUCAUCUCUUAAAAUCAUUCAAUCUACCGCUGUCAUAUUCAUCUUAUGGCAGCCUUCGUCUUGCUCUUUUGUGGGCUUGGAAUAUUAAGGGACUUGUUGAAAAUCUAUCAUCUGAAUUGGAUGAUAGAGAAUCUGUUUCUUCUAAAACACCUGAACGAGAUUCAUCUAAUGAAAUGAAAACUGAUGUAACACCGGAAAAAUCAAAAAAGAAAAAACUUUGA